GCGACGGCGGUCAUGCCGUGUAAUUCGAAGGUGUACCACACCACCGUCGCAUCGUGCACGAUCGUCGUCGUCGUCGCCGCCGUCGCCGUGGUGAUCGUUCACACUGUCGUGAUCAAACUGUUGAGAUACGGCAGAGUCGCGGUAUCGCCGGAAAGAUGAGCUCGAUCGACUUUGAUGAGGUGCUGCUACACGUGGGAGAGAAGGGCCGAUACCAGAACAUCAUGUACUACUUGCUAUGCAUACCCGCCACCCUGCCAGCCGCCUUCUUGGCGUUCUCACAAGUGUUCGUGAGCGCCUCGCCAGAGCACUGGUGCAGGAUACCGGAACUGGAAAACAUGACGGAUCUGAUGUCGUUGGAGGAGAGGAAGGCACUCUCAUUACCCUACACGGUCAAGUCCGAUGGCAGGAGGAUUUAUUCCAAGUGUCAUAUGUAUGACGUGAACUACACGGAGAUAAUAGAUUUGUGGCUCGAAGGCGCCAAUCUGUCCAACACCACCGAUAGCCCGUCACUGAUCACAUCUCCGUCGUUUGACUUACCGUCAACCCGAUUGCCAUCGCCACCGGUCAGUAACUCCGACUGGCCGGUCGUCAAAUGCCGAUACGGAUGGAACUACGACACCAGGGACUACGAUAGCACUCUCGUGACAGAGCUAGACCUGGUAUGUGACAACAGCUGGUGGCCUUCCACGUCGACGACUUUCUUCUACGUGGGUAGUCUCUUCGGCAACGUCGUGUUCGGUUGGAUCGCUGAUAAAUGGGGUAGAAGAACGGCCUUUUUCGCUAUCCUGUUUCUCGAAGUGAUAUUCUCUAUCGCCACGAGCUUCAGUCCGAACUAUGUGAUCUACACAGCGCUGAGGACCGUGAAUGGUCUUUUUUUUCCUGCCAUUUAUCAGAUACCUUUCAUACUUGCUCUUGAGCUAAUGGGGCCAAGAUACCGAACAUUCGCCGGGAUGGUAAUCUGCAUGUUUUUCGCCACAGCGAUGUCUCUCUUGGCAUUGCUGGGUUACUUGUUAAGACACUGGUAUACCCUAUCGUUAGCCACAUCGGUGCCUUUCAUUCUUCUCUUCAGUUACUACUGGAUCAUCCCCGAAUCGCCACGAUGGCUUCUCAGUAAGAAUAGAAUAGACGAGGCGGAAGCGAUCGUCCAACAAAUGGCAAAAGUCAAUGGCAAAACAGUGCCUACGAAUUUUCUUAGAAAGAUGGAGAUAGAAAUAUUAAAGAGGCAAGGGAUAUCAUGUAAUGGCAGAAAUUCCAACGAUAUCGACUUGGAAGGUGAAAACAGGGCGACGCCGUCAUCUGCGACACCCAUGGACUUGAUUACAAACCCAAAUAUCAGGAAGAAAUUCUUCAUUCUCGCUUUCGAUUGGGUAGCAAAUGCAGUGGUAUACAAUGGGCUAUCUUACAACACGACCAAUCUGGGUGUCUCUGAUUACCUAGCCUUUUUCAUUGGAGGACUCGUGGAGAUUCCAUCGUACUUUAUUACGUGGUACGCAAUGGACAGAUUAGGCAGGCGAUGGGUAUUGUGCGUGACUAUGAUGCUGGGUGGGCUCGCUUGCGUGUCCUGUAUGUUCGUGCCCGAAGCAGAUGCGGUCUGGGUGACAGUGAGUCUGGCGAUGAUCGGUAAAUUCGGCAUCGCUGCGUCCUUUGCUGUCUUCUACGUCUUCGUCGGCGAACUGCUGCCAACCGUACUAAGGUCUCAGGCGAUGGGCAUAGCUUCUUUCAUCGCCGGCAUCGGUCUUCUCACCUUCCCCUAUAUCGUUCAUUUAGCAGUCUACUCUAGAGUCUUACCCCUAAUCGUAAUGGGAUCAUUGAGCGUCGCCGGCGCUAUCACUUCCAUAUUUUUACCGGAGACGCUCAAUAUCCAUCUGCCGCAGACGGUCGAGGAGGGUGAACUCUUCGGGGCUGAUUUCAAACUGUGGUCCUGUCCGACGAUACCAAAGAAAGGUUCAAGCAAGUCCGAGUCCCUGCCGUUGGGGUACUUAGUGAACGGCGGACCGGGUAGUCGCUCGUCUACCUCGAAAGUCGCGUUGCAGGAAGGCGCGACUACGUCGCAGGGUGAGAAGCCAGCUGCCUUGCUGCCCUUGAAAGAAGAAGAGGCGAAGAACUUAAGCGCAAAAGCGGAGGAAUUGUCGAAUAUCGAGGUCGUCGAGCUGAAGACGGCCAGCGUAUUGGCGGAUGUGUCCGCGUGCCGGAAGUCGCAAUGAGACAGGACGAAAUAAUAGACAGUCUUAUAAUUAACUCUUUGCAACGUUGUAUCAUAAUUAUCAGUAUAGACACGCAUUGUAUUUAUUUUUCCAUUUAUUAUAAUGUACUUCCUUUGUAAAACCUGCCUGAGUUUGUCGACUAGCACGAUUCGAUCCCCAUUUUUUUUUCUGUGCUGCUGAAGAGUACUUUCAACUUGUCGCGAUGUGUGCGUGUACAUUGCGUGUGAUUGAUACGCGUGUGAAUCGAGGAUUAAUGUCCGGGAUCUACUCUAGAAUGUAAUGCUAUACUUUUUUAUUGUUCAGUUAGACGUCGAUUUUACAUUUUGCCCUUGCGUUAUAAAGAAAAUCUUGUUGUGAUUUCAGUUAGCUUAAAUAAAAUAUCUAUUGAGACGAAUUGUGAUGAUCGUCUGAGAAACUUUGCGUGUCAAUAUUUCAUGCUUGAUUAUUGAAAGCGAGAGGAAGAAUAUUGACUUUACCAAUUAUAAUAUUGUUUAAAAAAUCAAUACCAUAACGAAAUAACAAGUAGAAAGUAUAGGGGCGCUAUACAGAUUCCUGAGUGCUCUCCAGGUAUCAUGUUAUCCUUAUUUAACGAUAAAAUAAAACAAGGAUAAAAUCAUACCUGAGUAGCGGAGUUUUACCGUAGCAUUUAGGUGAGAAUAUGAACAUAGCUCAUGUGGUUGGACAGUCACCAAGGAGA